ACUUUUGACUCAAGAUCAUCUCUUUCCAGGUGCUGGAGAUAUGUGGAGGGCCUACAGGGACAUGCGUGAAGCCAAUUAUAAAAAUUCAGACAAAUACUUCCAUGCUCGUGGAAAUUAUGAUGCUGCCCAGAGGGGACCUGGUGGGGUCUGGGCAGCUGAAGUGAUCAGUGAUGGCCGAGAAUUCUUCCAGGGUGGCAGCAGCGGCAGAGGAGUGGAGGAUUCUAGGGCAGACCAAUUUGCAAAUAAAUGGGGCAGGAGUGGCAAAGACCCCAAUCAUUUCAG